AUGACAAAUGGCGGCCAGAAACACAAGUCGUCGGCGGCAUUCCACUUCGCAGCCGGCUUGGGCUCCGGCGUGACGAGCGCUUUCCUCCUGCAACCCGCCGACCUCCUCAAAACUCGCGUCCAACAAUCCUCCGGCGCAUCACUCUCAGUCGCACUCAAGAACAUCCUCGCUGGCCCCUCACCGAUACGAUCACUAUGGCGCGGCACCACACCCUCAGUCAUCCGAACAGGCGCAGGCUCGGCUUUGUACUUUGGCAUGCUGAACCAAUUGCGACGGGCGACAUCAACGACGACAUUAGGCGCGGAUGGAAAGUCAAAAACACGUCUCAGUAAUACUGCGAAUCUGGCUACAGGCGCUGCUGCAAGAGCAUUGGCUGGCUUCGUCAUGAGUCCAGUCACGGUUCUGAAGGUGAGGUACGAGAGCAGUCUGUACGCCUAUACCUCGUUAGCCUCAGCCGCAAAAGAUAUUUUCAAGACAACCGGAGCAAAAGGAUUCUUUGCGGGCUUUGGGGCAACGGCUAUCAGGGAUGCUCCGUAUGCUGGUCUCUACGUUCUUUUCUACGAACAAAGCAAGGUCUCGUUGUUCGGCCAUUUGAACAUCGCUGCACCGCUUGCGAACUUUGGUUCUGGAGUCCUAGCUGCCGCCACGGCGACGGCUGUCACAAACCCCUUCGACGCCGUCAAGACAAGGUUGCAGCUGCAGCCUGAGAGAUACAAGAAUGCAAUCAGCGCCGCGAAAAAGAUGAUUACCGAAGAAGGUGCUAUGUGUCUAUUCGAUGGACUAGGCAUCAGAAUGGCCAGGAAAGCCAUUAGCUCUGCAUUGGCAUGGACGGUGUAUGAAGAGUUGAUCCGUAGGGCAGAGGACAAGAUCGUCACGUAG